AUGGACUCAAAGUCCGAGGCCCUCUAUAUCAGCAUUGGCAUACGGAUGGCUGAAAUUCUCGGAUUUGACACUCCGAACCCUGAAGACUCUCCAAUUUUGCGUGAAACCAAACGCAGAGUGUGGUGGACAUUGUACAUGGCCGACCGAUGGUGCUCUGCGGGAUGCAACUUGCGGAGGGCCAUGGGAGACUCUGAUCAGGCUUUGGGUCUACCAAUCGAUGAAUAUGUCUUUCACCGCCUCGAUGGCAAUUCAACUGACUCUGAUCUUGUCCGCCAGGCUACCCCGGGUCUGUGGGCAUACAAUAUUAUGCUGGAAGAGCAGUUUGGACCAAUUCAUGACUUGAAUAAGCAGUUGGUUCAGGGUGAGCUCACCGACGACUUUGUUGAACAACGUGUCGCAGUACUUGCGGAAAACCUUCGCCUCUGGCAAGCCGGGCUUCCAGACGACAAAGAAUGA